UUCGAGUUUAGCCAAGAAAAUGUUUGUUUUUACUGCAAUAAUAGUUUUGGUGUUAAUAAAAAACUCUCAAGAAUUGUGCCAAUCAAAUUUGGGAGUUACAAGCUGCAAAAAUGAAGUUUUAACCAACCGAGCACCCAUCAGGAUUAGUGAUUAUAGAAAGUUAUUGCAGUUUGAAAAGGGACACAUAACUGACAUCACAAGUGAGGCUUUUAAGAAUUUACCAAACGUGGAAAAACUGAUAUUGAGUAAUAAUUUGGUGAACAAUAUUCAACAGGGAGCAUUUAAGAGUUUCUACAAUAUAAGUGAGAUUUCCUUGUACAAUAACAAGUUGGAAACAAUACAGAGGGAUGUGUUUACAUCAAAGACCCUAAGAGUAUUGGAUUUGGGUAUGAACAGCAUUAACCUCAUAGAACCCGAAGCAUUCAAGACCCUGGAAAACCUGGAAGAGUUAAACCUUGCCUUUAACAAACUAAAGGCAACACCAAAUGCUUUAAAAUCCCUUACAAACCUGAAAACACUAAGAUUGGACAACAACCAGCUUCAAGCCUUGCAACCAAAAUCUUUCGAGGAUUUACACUCACUUCAUACCCUGGACCUCAGCAAUAACAAAAUCAACGACAUCCAAGCAAACGCUUUCCAAGGAUUGAGCAAUUUAAAGGAUCUCAACCUAAAGUCGAAUUAUUUAUCCCACUUCGAUACAGCUGGUUUAUUAAACAACUUAAAGUCCCUCAAAACUAUACAUAUUAAUAUUAAUUCGUUUAAAUGUAAGGACUUGAUGAGGGUAAUAAGCGAACUUGAAGCAAGAAGGGUUCAAGUGCCAAAUGGCUUUUCAAAGUCGAAAGUCAGUUACAGAGGAAUGUCCUGUAUUAAUUGAGUUUUAUCCAAUAAAAAUUAUUGAAAUUA